CAAGAUAUAACUCGUCCUCACCUUCACCACCCACCGAGUCCGUCCAGUCUUCAAUCCUCCGUCGAGAGCACACACAGACCAAAAACGAUGUACGUCAUCAAGCGCGACGGUCGUCGCGAGGACGUCAAGUUCGACAAGAUUACGGCGCGCAUUACCAAGCUCUGCUAUGGGCUCAACCCGGACUACGUCGACGCUGUCAAGAUCUCCCAGAAGGUCGUGGCCGGCGUGUACCCCGGCGUAACCACAUCGGAGCUGGACGAGCUCGCUGCCGAGACGGCAGCGUACCAGAGCACGCAGCACCCAGACUUCUCCAAGCUGGCGGCGCGUAUCGCCGUGUCCAACCUGCACAAGAACACGAACAAGGUCUUCAGUGACAACAUCGAGGUGUUCCAUAAGAACGUCCACGAAAAGACAGGGGCAGCUGCGCCGCUCAUUGCUGAUGACGUAUACGAGAUCGUGAUGCAACACAAGGACGAGUUGAACUCGGCCAUCAUCCACGACCGCGACUUCGAGUACGACUACUUCGGCUUCAAGACGCUCGAGCGCGGCUACCUCUUCCGCGUGAAUGGCAAGGUGGUGGAGCGGCCGCAGCAAAUGAUUCUGCGUGUAGCGUUAGGCAUCCACAAGAGCGACAUCAAGUCCGCACUGGAGACGUACGAGCUCAUGUCGCAGAAGUUCUUCACGCACGCCACCCCUACUCUCUUCAACGCCGGCACGCCACGUCCUCAGUUGUCUUCUUGCUUCCUAUUGGCUAUGCAGGAUGACUCUAUUGAGGGCAUUUACGACACCCUAAAGCAAUGCGCCUGUAUCUCUAAAUGGGCGGGCGGUAUCGGUAUCAGUAUGCACAACAUCCGCGCCACUAACAGCUACAUCCGCGGCACGAACGGCUCCUCUAACGGCAUUAUCCCCAUGUUGCGUGUGUUUAACGACACGGCUCGCUAUGUGGACCAGGGCGGAGGUAAGCGCAAGGGCUCGUUCGCUAUCUACUUGGAGCCGUGGCACGCCGACGUGUUCGAGUUCCUGGAUCUGCGUAAGAACCACGGUAAUGAGCUGCACCGCGCCCGCGACUUGUUUUACGCGCUGUGGGUGCCUGAUCUCUUCAUGAAGAGAGUGGAGGCCAAUGGCAAGUGGAGUUUGUUCUGUCCCAACGAAGCUCCUGGUCUGUACGAGUGCUGGGGCGAUGAGUUUGAAGCUCUGUAUGAAAAGUACGAGAAGGAAGGACGUGCGCGUAAGACAAUCAACGCUCAGCAGCUGUGGUUCGCUAUCCUAGACGCUCAGAUUGAGACGGGAGUGCCCUUCAUGCUCUACAAGGACGCAGCUAACCGCAAGUCGAACCAGCAGAACUUGGGUACGAUCCGUUCCAGCAACUUAUGCUGCGAAGUCAUGGAGUACACGUCACCCGAUGAGGUGGCAGUGUGCAACUUGGCGUCUGUGGCGCUGCCUAUGUUUGUGGAAAACGGUGUGUUCGACUACAAGAGACUGUAUGAGGUGGUCAAGGUGAUCACGCGCAACCUCAACAAGGUCAUCGACGUCAAUUAUUAUCCUGUUGCAGAGGCUCGCAAGUCCAACAUGCGCCAUCGUCCCAUUGGUAUUGGCGUCCAGGGUCUGGCGGAUGCGUUCAUCCUCAUGAACUACGCGUUCGAGAGCCCGCAAGCUCGUGAAUUGAACAAGAACAUCUUCGAGACGAUCUACUUUGCUGCCAUGGAGACGUCGAUGGAGAUUGCCACGGAAUUGGGUCCUUACGAGACGUUCCAGGGCUCUCCGGCCAGUAAGGGUAUCUUCCAGUUCGACAUGUGGGGCGUCACACCUUCAUCUGGGCUUUGGAACUGGGCCGCACUAAAAGAUGACGUCAUUAAACACGGUCUCCGUAACUCGCUGCUGGUUGCACCCAUGCCGACAGCCUCCACGGCUCAGAUCCUGGGCAACAACGAGUCUAUCGAGCCUUACACGUCCAACAUGUACAACCGUCGUGUGUUGGCUGGUGAGUUCACGAUUGUUAACAAGUAUCUGAUGAAGGAGCUUAUCGAGCUCGGCAUUUGGACGCCGGAAGUACGUAAUCAGAUUCUGAAUGAUGGUGGCUCGGUGCAGAAGGUCAAGGACAUUCCGGAUGAUGUUAAGGAGAAGUACAAGACGGUGUGGGAGAUCAAGCAGAAGGCUGUUCUGGACCUGUCGGCUGACCGUGGCGCUUAUAUCUGCCAGAGUCAGUCGUUGAACAUCCACAUCGCCGACCCGACUAUCAGUAAGCUGACGUCCAUGCACUUUUACGCUUGGAAGAAGGGACUCAAGACCGGCAUGUACUACAUGCGCGGACGUCCGAAAGCCGACGCUAUCCAGUUCACUGUGGACAAGCAGGGGCUUGACUUGCAACGCGCCAAGGAGGAGGCUGCCAAGGCUCCGGCUCCGACCACUGAGACCGUUACCCGAGCAGGUGAUGAUGAGGACGAGUGUCUGGUAUGUGGUGCGUAAGUGUGUCGGGAAGCGCUGUAGCGAAGCAGACGGGAUAAGCAGUUAGAUAUUCAUUUCGUAGGAAGUAUUACAGACAAUAAAGCCUGGUAACAUUCAGCCACCAUCAGAGCCACUGUAAUCACUUUUUUCGAGCCCUUACGAGAAGCAUUAAUGGCUGCCAGUAUUUGCCUAGGAACCAUAAAAUCCUGUUACCUAUGAAGAAUGUGCCUUCAAUGC